UUGGCAUAAUAAUAUUAAACUAAAACGUCAAUAAGAUUACUGUUUUUAAAAAGCUACUCAAGAUACAAGUAACGCUAAGAAAAUUACUAGCAAAACUUGCGUUAAAAAAUCACUGUUUCUUAUUAAGACAAUACACAAUAUAUUGAAAUGAAAAGUAAAUACUAUUGAUUAGCGCAUCACUGGGGAAUGUUUGGUAAAAAACAUAGACCUAUAAAGUAAACUUCAGUGGUAAAAAGUUACGUUCGUAAAAUUGUAAUAAAACAUAAAAAAUAAAUCACAAAUGCAUCACAAAAUAAAAUUACAGAUUCGGCAGAGCAUGACCGCAUCCAGUAAUUUUCUAUACACAUUUCUAAACUUUUAAUUAUAAACUCUUUGCAAAUAAAUUCAGUCCAAAAAGAACAUCACAAGUGUCAUAUUUUUUAACUUUAAAAUUUUUCGUAUUAACUAUUUUAAUAAUUUAAAAAUAAAUAAAAAUGAGUGCUCCUUUCUACAGCUACGAUCCCUGUGUUUGCUCUGGAAUGCCAUGUGGUGCAUGUUAUCCGUACACGACAAAGCCCUGUGCUGCAUCGUGUAACGACUUGAGGGUUUGCUCCGUGUGUCCUGGAGGAGGGUGUUCCCCUUGCCCGCCCCCUGUUCGACCGUGUCCAGAGCCUUGUCUGCCGAUACCAGUAUUACCAAACCUACCUCCGUGCCCUCCAUGUGAAAAACCGGUUACUUGCAAACCAGAUCCAAUACUAGUCUACGACACCAUAGCGAUUCCAGCAUGCAGGCCGAACCGUUGCAAGCCCUGCCCGUCGUAUUGUACCGAACCAGCUGUCUGCAAGCCGCAACGUUGCAGCUAUCCAGGAGUACCUGUCUGUAAGGGUGGUUGCGGACCUAGCAUGCCUAUUUGGUGAUUUUUGUUUGGAUGGAAUCUUAUAUGCAAUUGUUAUAUCAUUGGAAAUUGUAUUUAACGUGUUAUGUAAUAAACGUUUAAAAAAUAA